GCUUAUGGCUUCUUUUCUCAGAACAAGAAAUCAACUGUGGCGCACGAAAAGUAAAUCCACUUGACUCAGUGUAACGACAGCGAAGGAUAGACAAGGCUAAAUCGGGAAUUUUCCUCUGACACACGUGAGAGCCCAAGAAAGAGAAGACAAUAACGGAAUAAAACUUUAUUAAUCUUUGAUUUAAAGAAAAUUUGACAUUUUGACUCGGCCUGUUGAAAUAUUUCGUUUUCUACUCGUUUUCUGUUAGUUUCGUUUUUCCGCUGGGCACAAAACAAGAUUUGUGACCAAAUUAUGGUUGGUGGCAAUAAACGCCUGCUUAUAUUGUCGAAGGAGGAUGCCUCUUGUUGGCUUCCGCUACUUUCCUGAUGCCUCUUUCCUGCUUGUUUAUUCUUUUGAAAAUGUAUGGAAUAACGAAUAGUUCUGUUACAAAUCUGCAAUGAACGAAAGUCAUCAUUCGAGGAGAUCGAAUUGCGUGCUCAUCUUUGGGUUUUAUCAUUUAUUUGGAACAGUACUCUGUGUGGUUUGGUGUCGCUACACUUUCUUUCAACUCUGGGUACGUCGGUGGCGUAGAUAGCGCAGUGGUGAACCUUUUCUCCUCAACUGGAACAUGUAUUAUACCAUACUUGGAUAAAGUAUCUGAAGUUCCGACAAUAACAAAUAAACACCUUUUACCGCCGUGGAUUAUACAUACAGAAACCCUGGAUAACACAAUAGUAGGAGAAAGUGUUGUUUUCUGGAGAGCAGGAACGCGGAGUGUAAGAGGCGUCUAGAAGGAUGCUGUUUCUUGUACAAUGGAAUUGAAUAAUUUUUUUGCAGUUGUUGUGGUUGUUUGUUCAUUUUUUUCGAGUUUCAGCCAAGAACUCAAUCCCAAAGGCAGGAAUGUAUGCAAACUACCAGGGUCACCAGGCUUGGUAUGCUGCAGCGGGUGGGGGCAGCUAGGCGAUGAAUGUUUGACACCUCUUUGUGUAGGGAACUUUACCUGUAAGGAGAAUGAGGUGUGCGUCAGGCCCAAUGAAUGUCGCUGUCGCCAUGGAUAUUUUGGAGCCAGUUGUGAUACAAAGUGCCCAACCCAAUUCUGGGGCCCGGACUGCAAGGGCAAGUGCCAGUGCUUCCCCAACGGCCACUGUGACGACGUGACGGGCAAGUGCACAUGCAACCCCAACCGCUGGGGUCCCAACUGCGAGAAGCCCUGCCUCUGCCAGAAGGGCAAGUGUGACCAGGACACGGGCUCGUGCACAUGCCACCAUGGCUUCUGGGGCCCUCAGUGUGCUAACAACUGCUACUGCAGUCUCAACUCUGUUUGUGACCAGAACACAGGAAGGUGUAACUGUAGUCUAGGUUGGUCGGGGAGGAACUGUGCCAUCCAGUGUAACUGCAAUAACUCACCAUGCGAGCAGUUUACGGGUCGGUGCCAGUGCCAGAAGAGACUUUGGGGCCCGCGGUGCGAGAGGUAUUGUCAGUGUAUUCAUGGGAAGUGCAACCAGGCAGAUGGCUCGUGUACCUGUACGCCGGGGUACCGAGGGAAGUUCUGCAGGGAACCGUGUCCCGCUGGAUUCUAUGGACAGAACUGCAGGAACAGGUGUGGGCACUGUAAGGGGCAGCAGCCCUGUAAGAUAACCGAGGGCAGGUGUGUAACCUGUGAGAGGGGCUGGAACGGGACCAAGUGUGACCAGAUGUGCCUGUCAGGCUUCUUCGGAGAGAACUGCCUGGAUGUGUGUCCUCCGUGUAAAGACGGCCACUUCUGCAACCGCAUCGACGGAAAGUGCUCCCACUGCAACCCCGGCUGGAUCGGGGACAGGUGUGAGGUGCGUUGUCCCAACGGAACUUAUGGGGAUAACUGUGAGAAUGACUGCAGCCACUGUUUUAACGGCGUCUGUCACAUUGCCACCGGAGAGUGCCUGUGUGACCCAGGAUUUUACGGGACAUACUGCAACAUGACGUGUCAGAUGGGUCAGUAUGGAGUGAACUGUGCCCAGACCUGCACCUGUCACGACAACAACUGUAACCCAGUGUCUGGGGCCUGCAACCUACAGCCUAACCAGCGGAUGGGCGUGAUCGCGGCGGGAACCCUGGUCUUCUUUCUGCUCAUUGUCCUCCUCUCACUCCUCUGCUGCUGCUGCCUCUGCAGAAAUAAACACCACCACAAUCCUGACCAAGACAACUCUACCAACAGUAAAAAAGCCAGGCGGAUCCUGUGUGGACGAUUCAGCCGAAUCAGCACCAAACUCCCCCGGAUCCCACUGAGACGGCAGAAGCUGCCUAAAGUAGUCGUAGCCCACCACCCUGAGAACACAUUCAACUGCAGCUUCAUCGAGCCCCCCUCUGUAGCUGAGCUGCCCAGCCCCUCCUCCUGGUCCUCCCAGGAGUCCUUCGAUUCCUUCGAAGAGGAACCCAGUGAUGAUGGCCCUGUGUACUGUGUUCCCCAUGAAGAGUCGCUGAAUGAGAAUAAGGUGAAGGGCAGUUCCUCUGUGGCUGAGAUGCCAGCAGCAGCCUUCCACGGUGAGGAUGAUACAGGUGGGUAUACCUCCCUAAAAGACACCAGCGCCACCACCGACAAACCCCAGGAUGGGAGUGAAGCGCCCCUCAAAUCCUCAGACAGCGAGGGCUCCACCAGCAGUUCCGAGUCAGCCAUUGGGGCCCUUUAUGCUCGCAUUGCACAUCUCUCCAAGAAUUCCAAGGAGGAAGAAGAUGGGGGUGACAGCAUGGUCACCAUCGAGGUCAAGGGUAACAGGAAAUCACCGUCCCCGGGGGGAAAGACCAGGACUAAACCACGCCCGCCAGACCCCUCCACCAAACCCAAGGUGUCGUGGAUCCAUGGGAACAACGGGGGUACCACUCUCCAGGUGGAGAAGCCAAACCAGGGGGGCAAGGGGCUAACAUUUCCCAAGGUGAAGACAACCAGGAGCUCCAGCAACAGCUCAGCCAAGAGCGAAGAGAGGCAGAGGCUGAAGGAGAAUUCCAAGGAGAAGAGCAACCGAGAGGAAAAGGGGACGGAGGUCAACGGCUCCCCCAACAAGGCCCACUGGGUGGGGAGGUCCAGGGAGAACAUGAACCACAUGGAGCACAUCAACGGGGUGGUGCAGAACGCUCUCAAGAAGAUCGGCAACUUCCACAACUCCAACAAGAAGGCAGCCGCUGUGGAGAUCCCCAAGGAGGCGCCCAAGAGCCCCAAAGUGAUCCACCCACACAUGAACUCAGAGGCCGCCACACUCCUGGCCGCCCAGCUCAAGGAGAAGACGCAGAGCAUCACCCGGAACGAGGGCACAGGCCUGGUAAAGACCAACGGCCUGUCCACCCCGAUCCUCCGGGGCCGAGGAGAACUGGAAAAGCCCACCCCUCCGCAGAAGGCCAAACGGACCACCGCUCCCACACCAGGCCACCAGGGCUCCAACAAGCUUCUGCUGCCUACCACCACCAGCCUCCAGAAGAUGGUGGGUGUGGGGAUCCCCAAAACGGACCCAGCUACCCCCGAGGUUGCCCCCAAGAGCCCGGAGAAGCAGGACUUGAACGGCUCUAGAGUGGGAGAGGGUUGUGGUGGUGCGGGGGACCCCACGCCAAAGAAGACCCCCAUCCAAAAGCCUCCCCGAAAGAAAGGCAAGGAUGGGACAUUGGAUACUACUCUGGAAACUAAGACACCAACAAAGACAGCGAUUAUGCCACCGCAGAUAGUCAAAUAGACCGUUUUUUUUUUAUUGUUUCUCACAGACAGGACAAUGGUGACAAUGGUGAAUGAAUUACUUUUCUUCCAACGGAGACAUGCAAAAGGACUUGGUGGUUGUUCAUCAAAGGAAUUUAUUAUUUUUGCGCGUGUGUGUGCUGUGUGUCCAGAACCAGUGGAAAGUAAGUAGAACUUGUUUGUAAUGUAUUGAACUGUAUACCAUACUAGUAUUACAUGGACUGAAAUUGAAAGUAAUUUCAUGGACUCUUUUCAUAAACCUGCGAUGUAUCUGUUUUCUACUACAACGCCAAACAUAACUGGGGGAGAGUGCUGACAGUGCCAAGCAACCGUAUUUAAUUUCUUCCAUAUUUCUCCUAUGCUCACAACUAAGUAUUCAUGUAAGAAUCUCAUCAUUGUAUCAUUAUAAUUUAAAAACGUUUUUCCUCAAUAUUCUAUGUGAUGCAAUCAAAUCUAUGCAAUGUAAGUGAGGUGAAGGCUAAGUUGAUCCAUGGUACUGAGAAUACAAGUACAAUAUUUUUCAGUUUGAUUUAAAUUAGCCAGUUACACUCCAUAAAGGAGAUUGUUGACGUCUUUUUUUUUGUCCUUUUUUGUUGUUAAUAUGUUGCGUAAUACAGAAUACAAACCAUUUUAACUUCAGUACAGUAUCUAGCUCGUCCUGAGUUGCCCUGUUCUUCAAAUCAAGAUUCUCUCCUUUGGCAUUGGAUUUUAUUGUCUUUAGAGAGUACAUUCUUUCACAAUUUUGUCAGUCAUGGUUUGUUGGCAAACAAAUUCGCUUUUUGAACUCAAGCAAACUGUUAAGGAAGCAUUACGUUGUCAUUCUGCUCCUAACAGAGCUAUGGCCUCAUGAGACUCGGCAAUACAUUUUUGUCCUCUCUAAUUGUUAUUCGUUUUUGUUCCGUAUCUCUAAGGCCUGUGUUAGGUCCUGUUGUCCCUUUUGAGAGGACAUUCUGGGAUUUUCAAUGAUAUCACAUGUGUGGGGUGUCAUCUUCAUAAAAAAACUAAUCUGGUUCAAAAUGGCUCUAUUACAAUUUCCAUCACAAUUAACACAUUUUAUUGUGUUAUCAUUUUUGUGAGUUUGAUAUUCAAAUUGUUUCUAAUAAGUAAAUAUCUCAGGAAUAGUUUGGUAAGUUUUCAGAGCUGUGUAAUACAUUUUCCACAUAAAAUAAGAGUAACUUUUACAUAUGCUCUUGUUUUACAAGUAAAACCUGCAAAAAAAAUGCUAAGCUAUCUUUUACUUGUGCUUAUCGAAUAGCUAGCUAGUGUAAAUGCCAUACUUUUAGGUUCUUUCCAAAUCCUUACUUCAAUCUCACCCACGUACGGGUAAGCAACACUCCGUAUCAAGAAGUAAUAAAGAACAUCCUUGCAUAAUGUUUCUAUGCAUUGUUGUUUCUGUAGCCAUUGUUUCAUAAAGGGCAUGAAACAAUGGCUACAGUGCUAGAGGCGUGACUACAGGCUGUAUCACAACCGGCCGUGAUUGGGAGUCCCAUAGGGCUGUGCACAAUUGGCCCAGCUUCGUCUGGGUUUGUCCGGUGUAGGCCGUCAUUGUAAAUAAGAAUUUGUUCUUAACUGACUUGCCUAGUUAAAUAAAACAUUUAAAAAAUGUAAUGAUGGAUUAGUCAUCUGGUCUUAUCACAAUGUUGUCUAUUAGGUUGAAGGCAUUGUGGAAGUUUCCCUAUAAAAAGGCAGUGAUCAUUGUCCUAAUGGAUGGAGUCAGUCUGGUCAGACAAACAACUUUUGGUUGUGAACUGAUAUCUCCCUUCUUCUGCUGCUCAGAUACAUUAGUGCAUUUGUUACGUACCUCCUAGUAGGAGGGAGGUGCAUGGAAUCAUGAGCAGGAGAGCAAGGAAGUCCCAGUGGCACAAUCGUUUAUUAAAGGCGUCCCAAACAACAACAUGAGAGAAAACACGCUAAAACGAAGUCGCCACACACAGGGAAGAAACGCAACACACGGAGGAGAAACCUCUACUCCUAGAAAUAAAUCAAUCAAAACGGUAACAUUACCGUGAGCAAAAAAACCCCGUGGUGCAUACACGCACCCCUAACAACGUAACUCUGAACAAUCCCGCACAAAGAUGAGCAGGCAGCGGGGUGACUAUAAACGCAUCGAAAUCAACUAAAUGAACACAGGUGUGAAAAAACAGACAGACACAAACGAAAAGGAAAAAUGGAUCGGUGGAAGCUAGUAGGCCGGCGACGACCGCCGAGCGCCGCCCAACAGGGAGACGAGCCUCCUUCGGUGGAAGUCGUGACAGCAUUAUUAUUCUGUGGAAGGCCCUAAGUAGCUACAUCUUCUCUGAUUCAUAAAGGCAUAGUAUAGUGGAACACUCGCUAUAGCAAGUAUUUCAAUUGCGAUAAUAAAUAGAAAAGCACAUCCUCAUGAUAAUUUAAUACUUUCAGAAGAAUUAACAUUAUUUAUCAUUUCACAUGCAAGGUUGUUGUGCAUGACUUUUCUGCUGUUUUGCCAAGAGAUUACACCACUAAUGUCUGAUGGUACCAUUCAUUGUUAGUGGGAAAUAUUACGUAGCAGAAGAAAUACAACACAAACUGUUUGAUACUUCAGUCAUUAACUUCCUGUGGUUUAAUUCACUAUUGCAUGACUUAGUCUAGACAUGUUAUAUUGUUUUGAUGCUAAGUUUACUUUGUCCCAACUUGAAUUACGAAGUGUGGUAAAUUAGUUUAUCAAAGCCAGCUAAUUGGGGCGGCAGGUACCCUAGUAGUUAGAGCGUGGGGCCAGUAACCGAAAGGUUGCAGGAUCAUAUCCCAGAGCUGACAAGGGAAAAAUCUGUUGUUCUGCCCCUGAACAAGGCAGUUAACCCACUGACUUGCCUAGUUAAAUAAAGGUAAAAAAAAAUAAAAAAUAAGCUAAUUAGCUAAUUAUCACCCUAUCCUAGACCCAAAGGAAUGUAUUGUGUCUAUUACUGUAAUCAGUCUAAGACAUGGGAAAUAUGAUGAUGGGUGUGGUUUUGAGCAAAUGUAAAUUUACUCAACAAGCUUGUUCAAAUUCGGCUCACGAGUAGAAUGUACAAUUGUAAGGCAACUAGCUGCAAUAGGAUAAGUUGACAUGGAAUUGUUUUAAUGGUCAUAAUGGUGUUUGAUAAAAUAUAGAAUUUGGCCUUUAGUACCAAAUCCCAUAGAAACGCAUUGAAUAACACAUUCAUAAAGGGAAUAAGGUUUUAUAGUGUCUGUCCUAAAUCUUUGAGAUAUAAGAAAGCUCAGGAAAUAUACAAAAUAUAUAUUUUUUACACAUAUUUAACCCCUUUUUUUGGGUAAAUAUUUUUUCAAAACCGGUACCGGUUACAUUCAGAUGAGUCCCGUGGGGCUUGUGGGGGUCGUAGAGCAAAACGGAGACCCUCAUCGUGUUCGUAGGAGUCGCAUCUAUCCAUAGAGUGGACUCUACAGCAGUUUUCAUGAGAAGUCAGAUUUUUGGGAUGUCUCAUGGUCUGACAAACACCAUUGUAGCUCAGCCACCUCUUCCACCACAGAUGAGGAAGGCCGUCAUAGGCGGAUGUGGUGAUAUCUCUAGCUUAAACUGAUGGAUUUUGAUGGGGAUUUGUUUUAUUAUGUUAAUUAGAUUGAUGCACCGGUGCAUCAAUAGACUCUAGGGGGCUACAGUAAUAUAGUUGUGUGUUUUUAUGCAUAUGAUAGUAACUACAUUGCAAGAGGAAGCUCACAGAACUGGAGCGUAUGGGAUAUGGACACAACAUAUUCAUAUAAAAUUAAAUGUGCAUAUUAUAGUACAUAAGUGACAGUGGUUUAUGCUGUGGAUUCAAACCUACAUUUCACUUUCACAGUUUGAAAAGCUAUUUGAGAGUGCUUAUGAUUCCUACACAUUUGUUAUUGCUGUUUUCAUUUUUAAAAAAUGUGGGUUUCAACGAUACAGCCAGUCUCCUCUUUACCAGUUAUUGUUUUCUACAUGUGAAAGUAUAAUUGUUAAUGUUUGUAAGCUGUGCUUAUAUAAAUAGUUUUGCUACUUUACUCUGUAUGUGUUAAUGAACUGGCUUUCAUGUUAUGUUUGAUUUCUUUGUGUCAGGUUCUCUGCAGCCACGGUAUGAGUACUUACUUGGCUUGUCAUUUCCCUUUUCUCUGUGGAUGUGGUUAGUUUAACACUUAACUUUAUAAAGCAGAGUGAAAUUAUAUGGAAACCUAUAGCCUUCUCUCUUUAUCUUAUCAACUUUUCUUAAUCCUUUUGUCCAUAGGAAAUAUCAAAACUUCAAAGUAUUGUACAGGACAUGUAUUAUUGUGUCACCACUGUUAUUAAGUACAUGUGACUGAAACCAUACAAGUUGUGUGAUUAUAAAGUGCCAAUUUAAGCAAGCAGAAAACACAUAUUUUUAUAUCUGACUGACUGGCCUCUGCCUGCUUUCACAGGCUACAGUACAUAUUUGUAAGCAGGGCCUCAAAACGCUGCAGAAACAUUAUCAGCGAUACGGUUGUAACUCGUCAUUCUGUUUGUCUGAUUAGAUUUUCAAUUGUUUGUCUUUUUAAAAUUAUAUAUAUAUAUUUUUUUCAUUUACUUUGAAAUAAAAGCGAUACAUGUA